AUGUUCAUAGGCAUAAAGUUUAUGUCUUGGAUCCUCUUUAUUUAUCUUCUAGUAACCCUGUGUUCCUAUGGAUGCCGAGCCAGGGAAUUGGGUGGAACAGAAAACAAAUUCUUGGAAGUUGCACUUGAAGAGGGUCACAACUCCUCUGGCAAUAUUCAAGAUCAUGCCAUGGAUCACCCAAAUAAGUUAGGCCACAGUGCUCCUCCAAAACUAGACACUGAGCAUAACCAUAUGGACCCUUCACUAAUGGUGUUCUUUACUUUGAAAGAUUUAAGGGUAGGGAAGAGAAUGGUGAUUCAUUUUCCCAAGAGAGAUCCAUCAAACUCCCCCAAGUUCUGGCCCAAAGAAGAAGCUGAUUCGGUCCCUUUCUCGUCUGACCAACUGCCAUACCUUCUCAAACUCUUCUCUUUCUCUCCAAACUCUGCCCAAGCCACGGCCAUGGAGAACACCCUAAGGGAAUGUGAGAGCAAACCCAUCAAAGGAGAGGUCAAGUUCUGUGCCAACUCUUUAGAAUCCAUGCUUGACUUUACACAAAGCAUUCUAGGGGUGACAUCAGAACUCCAAGUUCUUUCCACCUUGCACCAAACCAAGUCAAGUGUCACUUUCCAGAACUACACUAUCCUAGAAACCCUCAUGGAAAUCCCUGCUCCCAAGAUGGUGGCUUGUCACACCAUGCCUUACCCUUAUGCUGUUUUUUAUUGUCAUAGCCAAGAAAGUGAGAAUAGGGUAUAUAGGGUGUCACUAGCUGGAGAAAAUGGAGAUAGAGUAGAAGCCACGGUUGUUUGUCACUUAGAUACCUCCCAAUGGGCACCUAGUCAUGUUUCAUUUCAGGUGCUUGGGAUUACUCCCGGUACCUCUCCUGUGUGUCACUUCUUCCCUGCAGAUCAUCUCAUUUGGGUCCCCAAACACCAAGCUCACGGUUCUUCAAGCAUGUGA